AUGACUUCCGAAUCACAAAAUUAUAUCUUGAGACUGGCUACACCAGAAGAUAAAGGUGGAAUAUUGAGGCUACUUAGAGAAUUUUUCUGUAAAGAUGAACCAACUUGUGACUCUUUGAAGAUUGUAUCAGCAGAAAAUCCCGUGAAUCAUGCUUUAGAAGACUACUGCAUGAAAUAUUUUGAUGACGGUGUAACUGUUGUAGCUUUCCACAAUGAAAAUAUCAUAGCUAUGUGCCUGGCUGGUAUAACAGAAAGAGGAAAACUGGACAAUUUUCAUUGCUCCGAUGAAAUGUUCCUCAAGACUGCCACUUUUUUAGGUUAUGUCGACCAGCAGGCUGAUUCUUUCAAACAAUUUCCCGAAUGUGAUAAAGCCCUAGUAAUAAAUGUCGUUACUGUCGAUACACUCUACAGGGGGAGAGGUUUGGCAAGCAGACUCAUACAGAAAACAAUAGAGUUGGGAAAAGAGAGAGGUUGUGGCUUUGUGACAGCCCAAUGUACCAACCACUUCUCAGCUUUGGCAAUGAAAAAACUGGGAUUCCAACUCCAUUAUUCUUUAGAUUAUGCAGACUAUAAAGUUGAUGGAAAAGUCGUUUUUCGAACGAAACCACCUCACGAAGCAGUGACUGUUUAUUCGAAAAAAAUUUAA